AUGUUGAGACAAAAGAGGUUUUUAUCAAAGCUCCAGAUUCGUGCCGCCAUUACCCGUGAAAUCCACAAAGGCAUCAAAGUUAGCCAGCCCUCGCAGAGUGGCUAUCGGCUCUCAGGACGCGUCCGUCGGCAAAUUUUUGGUGAAGAUCUACAUUCUAGCUUAUAUUUUGUCAAUGCAUCUUUGCAAGAGGUAGUGUUUGCCAGCACCACAGGGACCCUGGUUCCCUGCCCUGCGGCGGCCGUCGGGCCGGCCUCACUGCGCUGGUACCUCGCCACUGGAGAGGAGAGCUACAAUGUUCCAGGGAUACGUCACGUUCACCCCAACGGCACGCUCCAAAUUUUUCACUUCCCCCCUUCAAGCUUUAGCAAAGUAAUCCACGAUAACACGUACUAUUGCACAGCGGAAAAUCCUUCAGGGAAAAUUAGAAGCCAAGAUGUUCACAUUAAGGCCGUUUUGCGAGAGCCCUACACAGUGCGUGUGGCGGAUCAGACAGCCAUGAGGGGAAGCAUAGCAGUCUUCAAGUGCAUUAUUCCUCCCUCUGUGGAGGCCUACAUCACUGUUGUAUCAUGGGAGAGAGAUACAGUCUCACUUGUCUCAGGACCUCGAUUUCUCAUAACAUCCACAGGAGCCUUGUAUAUCCUGGAUGUACAGAAGGAGGACAGUUUAUAUUACUACCGUUGUAUGACUCGACAUCGCUACACCGGCGAAACCAGGCAAAGCAAUGGUGCACGUCUUCAUGUUCCAGACCCCGCGAACUCAGCACCGGUGGUCCUUGAUAGCUUUGAGAAACGUGAAAUUAUGGCAUCGCACCGAGUAGAGCUCCCAUGCAAAGCUUCAGGACACCCAGCACCAAAAUACCGUUGGCUGAAGGACAACAGACCUCUGGAACCAGAUACACGUUUCCGUCAAAGUGUGACGGGACUGCUGAUCGAAAGAGCCCAACCCAGCGACACUGGCAACUAUGUGUGUGAGGUGUGGAACAGCUUUGGAACUGACCAGGUCAUUGGUCAUUUGUUGGUUAAAGAGCCUCUGAAGGUGGUGGUCAGCCCAAGGAAAGUGAAGGGCAGUGUGGGAAGCCAAGUGUCCCUCUCUUGCAGUGUAACUGGAUCAGAUGAGUAUGUGCUCUCUUGGUACCGCAACGGCGUCAGAAUCAACGCAGGCAUCAAUGUUCACAUAACUGGGAUCAACCAGGAGAACUUGGCAAUGGAUGGAAUGGCAAAAAGUGAUGCUGGAGUCUACCAGUGUUUUGCAAGGAAGGACAAGAUGUCCGCUCAGGAUUUUGCACAAGUUAUCUUGGAGGAUGGCACCCCUAAGAUCCUGUCUGCGUUCAACGAGAAGGUGGUCAGCCCAAAUGAGUUUGUUUCCCUGAUGUGCAACGUCAAGGGAACCCCUCAGCCGAUCGUCUCGUGGACGGUGGACGACGACCCCGUGAUCAAAGACAGCCGUCAUCGAAUGGGACACAGCAUAACGGCCGACGGGAACGUGAUCAGUUACCUGAACAUCUCGCACAUUCAGGUCCGUGACAGUGGGGUCUACCGCUGCACUUGCAACAACUCUGCAGGGACCAUCUCCUACCAGGCUCGAAUAAACGUAAGAGGUCCCGCUGACAUUAGACCAAUGAAAAACCUAACGGCCAUAGCUGGGCGGGACACAUAUAUACACUGCCAUGUCAUUGGCUAUCCAUACUACUCCAUCAAAUGGUUUAGGAAUUCCAACCUGCUCCCCUUUAAUGACCGUCAGCGUGCGUUUGAGAACAAUGGUACUCUGAAGCUUCUGAACGUGCAGAAGGAACUGGACGAGGGAGAGUACGCCUGCCACGUUCAGGUGCAACCACAGGUCUUCAAAAAUCAGAGUGUCCACGUCACUGUGAAAGUUCCUCCUUUCAUCCAACCUUUCGAGUUCCCUCGAUAUUCCAUUGGCCAUCGCGUGUUCGUGCCCUGCGUGGUUCGGUCCGGCGACCUGCCAAUCUCCAUCAAGUGGGAGAAAGACGGAAAACCCAUUAACGCCAGUCUGGGCGUGACCAUUGACAAAAUCGACUUCACCAGCUCCCUGCGCAUCUCCAACCUUCAGCGCAUCCACAAUGGCACCUACACGUGUAUCGCCCAGAACGACGCGGCCGUGGUGAAGUACCAGAGCCAGCUCAUUGUCAGGAUUCCGCCGACGUUUAAAGUGCAACCCAAAGACCAGGACGGUAUUUAUGGGAAAGCUGUGAUCUUGAACUGCUCUGCAGAUGGCGAACCUCGCCCCGCGAUUGAGUGGAAGUACUCUAAAGGGUCUGGCGUUCCUCAGUUUCACCCCAUCGCCCUGAACUCUGGCUUCAGGAUCCAACAGCUCGACAACGGCUCAUUACUGAUCAAACACGUGCUGGAGGAGGACAGUGGUUACUACUUGUGUAAAGUCAGCAAUGACGUGGGAGCUGAUGUCAGCAAGUCCAUGUACCUCAACGUUAAAAUACCUGCAAUGAUCACAUCAUACCCCAAUACCACCCUGGCGACGAAAGGUGAAAAGAAAGAGAUGAGCUGUAAGGCCCAUGGUGAGAAGCCCAUUAUGGUGCGCUGGGAGAAGGAGGUGGAAAAGGAGAAACAGUCUCACAUGAUUAACCCGGAUAUGUGGCGGCACACUGUAACGGUUAAGAAAGUUGGUGAUGAGGUCAUCUCUACCCUGCAGAUCUAUCCAACUCUGAGGGAGGACUCUGGAUUUUUCUCCUGCCAUGCUAUCAACUCCUAUGGUGAAGACAGAGGAAUUAUUCAGCUGACAGUACAAGAACCACCAGACCCACCUGAGGUGGAGAUCAGAGAAGUAAAGGAGAGAACGAUUGCUCUGCGAUGGACAAUGGGCUUUGAUGGGAACAGUCCAAUCACUGGAUAUGACAUUGAAUGCAAAAACAAAUCAGCAUCCUGGGAAAAAGCUCGCAGAACAAGAGAUGUGUCUCCUACACUGAACCAGGCCACUAUUAUUGAGCUACACCCCUCGUCCACUUACAACAUUCGGAUGUUUGCCAAGAACAGCAUCGGUGACAGUGAUGCCAGCAAUGAGCUCACCGUUACCACAGAUGAAGCAGAUCCCGAGGGUCCACCACAAGACGUGAAGCUUGAAGCCAUCUCUUCCCAAAGCAUCAGGGUAACCUGGAAGGCUCCCCAAAAGCACCUCCAGAAUGGUAUGAUCAGAGGAUACCAGGUGUGUCACAGAGAACACACCGUUAACGGAAGUCACCAGUUUAUUUGCAUCAGUGUGGAAAGCACGGGAGACAGCGAAACUUUAACACUGAACAAUUUGAAAAAAUUCACUCAGUAUGAGGUAGUGGUGCAGGCCAGCAACAGUGCAGGUCCCGGGCCGGCCUCCAGUGAAGUUCGCGCCACCACCAUGGAAGAUGUUCCCAGUCGCCCUCCAGAGAAAGUUCAAGCCGUGGCCACGUCCCCUGAAACCAUCUCUCUAUCGUGGCAGACUCCUGUCAAAGAAGCGCUGAAUGGCAUCCUCCAGGGCUAUCGUGUCAUCUACUGGGCAAAUCUACCUGAUGGAGAGCUGGGAGACAUCCGGAACAUCACCACUCCUCAGUCUCCUUUGGAGCUGGAUGGCCUGGAGAAAUAUACCAAUUACAGCAUCCAGGUGCUGGCCUUUACACGUGCUGGGGAUGGUGUGCGCAGUGAGCAGAUAUUCAUCCGCACCAAAGAGGAUGUCCCUGGUCCACCAGGUGGAGUCAAGGCGGCGGCAGCAUCGAAUUCUGUGGUGUAUGUGUCUUGGCUUCCCCCACUCAAGCUCAAUGGUGUUAUCAGGAAAUACACCGUGUUCUGCUCCAGUUCCUACCCCACGGUGGUUAGCGAAUUUGAGGUGGCUCCGGAUGAAUUCCUGCACAGAGUCCAGAACUUGAGUCGGAACCGGAAAUACAGCAUUUGGGUUAUGGCUGUAACCGCAGCUGGCCGUGGGAAUAGCAGCGAAAUAGUCACCGUUGAACCUCUUGCCAAGGCACCUGCCAAAAUCCUCACCUUCAGUGGAACAGUGACAACACCCUGGAUGAGGGAUAUUGUUUUGCCCUGCAAGGCAGUAGGGGAUCCGCCGCCCACUGUCAAAUGGAUAAAGGAAAGUGGGAGCCCAGCCCCCGCAGUGAUCGACGGGCGACGGAGUAUCCAUGGAAAUGGCAGUUUUGUCAUGAAGACUGUGAAAGCUGAGGAUUCUGGGUACUACACCUGCGUGGCAAGCAAUAACUGGGGAUCUGAUGAAAUAACACUCAACCUCCAAGUUCAGGUUCCUCCUGAUCAGCCACGUCUCACCGUAACCAAGACAACCACUACAUCCAUCACUUUAUCAUGGAUACCAGGAGACAAUGGUGGAAGUUCCAUUAGAGGUUACAUCCUGCAGUAUUCAGAGGAUAACAGUGAAAAGUGGGGAAGCUUUCCCAUCAGCCCAAGUGAGCGUUCAUAUCGUUUGGAGAACCUCAAGUGUGGAACAUGGUACAAGUUUACCCUGACUGCCCAGAACGGAGUUGGGCCAGGACGCAUCAGUGAAAUCAUUGAGGCUAAGACACACGGGAAAGAGCCACAGUUCUCCAAAGAACAAGAGCUUUUCACCAGCAUCAACGUCACCUGCGCCAAGCUCAAUCUGAUUGGUUGGAAUGACGGCGGCUGUCCAAUCACAUCUUUCACGCUAGAGUAUCGCCCCAUUGAAAGCCCUGUGUGGACCAAGGCCCAACGCACUUCCCUCACUAAGAGCUACAGCCUGGUGGACCUCCAGGAGGCUACGUGGUACGAGCUGCAGAUGAAAGUAUAUAACAGUGCCGGGGUGGCAGAAAAACGGGUUAAAUUUGCCACUCUCAACUAUGAUGGAAGUACAAUCCCUCCAUUGGUGAAAACCGCGGUGAAGGACCCAGUGAAAAAAACGAGUGGGGAGGGUGUGAAAAUGAUGGUGACCAUCUCCUGUAUACUGGUGGGAAUUGUUUUGCUCUUCGUCCUUCUGAUGGUGUUGAGGAGGAGGAGAAGAGAGCAACGGCUCAAGAGGCUGAGAGAUGCAAAGAGCUUGGCAGAAAUGCUUAUGAGUAAAAACACAAGGCCAUCCGAAACACUGAACAAACAACAGCAAACACUCAGGAUGCACAUCGACAUCCCCAGAGCCCAGCUGCUCAUCGAAGAGAGAGACACCAUGGAGACGGUCGAUGACAGGUCGACAGUUCUGCUUACGGAUAAUGAUUUUGGCGAGACUGCGAAGCAGAAGUCAUCCACCGUCACACACACUGUUCACUACCAGUCACUUUCGCAAGCCACGGGACCACUGGUUGACGUUUCUGAUGCACGGCCUGGAACAAACCCCACCGCACGGCGCACAGCUAAAGCAGGGCCGGCUGCACGGAACCGCUACGCCAGCCAGUGGACACUAAACAGACCACACCCACCUGUGUCAGCCCACACCCUGAGCACUGAUUGGAGAGUGACGCCGCGGGUUGCUCGGUCUGUAGACAAGGAGAGCGACAGCUACAGUGUCAGUCCAUCUCAGGACACAGACCGCGCACGGAGCAGCAUGGUGUCCACCGAGAGCGCGUCCUCCACGUACGAAGAGCUGGCUCGCGCCUACGAGCAUGCCAAGAUGGAGGAGCAACUUCGUCAUGCCAAGUUCACCAUCACAGAGUGUUUCAUCUCUGACACUUCCUCAGAGCAAAUGACAGCGGGCACCAAUGACUACACAGACAGCCUGACGUCGAGCACACCCUCAGAAUCGGGCAUAUGCAGGUUCACCGCAUCCCCUCCCAGACCUCAGGAUGCCAGCAGGGUCAUGAACAUGGCUGUACCCAAGGCUCACAGACCAGGGGGAGAACUGGUGCACCUGCCCCCUUACCUGCGCAUGGACUUCCUGUUAAACCGCAGUAUGUCGAGCGGGGGUCGGGAGGCGGUGCUCGGACAGGCCUGUCUGGAGCCUCAGAAGAGCCGCACGCUGAAGAGACCCGCCUUGCUGGACAGGCCCUCCCUGCUGGAGCCCACGCCCAUGGAGGGGCCCGGCGGCAGUGACGUUCAGCAGUGGCAGCCGGGCACUGCCUCCACGCUGCCACAACGAGAUGGGGGUUCGGACUUGGCACAGGCUGCCAAACUCAGCACCUCACAGGAGUCUCUGCUGGACUCCAGAGGACACCUGAAACAGAGCAGCAACCCGUACGCAAAGUCGUAUACACUGGUAUAA